AUGAAGGACAUCGCCGAAAAGACCGGCGAUGCUUGGCUGCAGAAAGCUAAGCUUCGCCUUCGUGGUCGUGGCUCCAAGUUCCUAGAGGGAGAAGAGCAGAAGGAAUCCUCGGACCCCUUGAUGCUCUGCGUCAGCGUGCCCGACCCUGCCUCCUACGAGGAAGCGAAGCACCUGGUCUCCUCCUUGUUGGAGGAUAUUUACGUCCAGUAUCGUGAGUUCCAGAUUUCCGAAGGACGAUUGCAAGAUGAAUUGCAUCGGAAGUAG